CAAGAAUGGCAAUCAUUAUCAGCAAUCAUUAAAAUUUUGUGUAGAAAGCAAAUCAAAACAAACAAUUUUGUGUAGAAAAUCCUCAAUUAAGAGAGAAUGGAAGUCAAGAAAGAGGCGGAGAACGACACUCUUGAUUACGCUAUUGUGAAGGAAGAAUAUUACAUUGAUGAGAAACCGAGCAUUCCCAAACAGGAGAAGGAACAGUCUUUGGAUAUCCCUGAUGUGAAGGAGACUAUAAAGUUUGAGAUCACGGAGAUUGAGCAGAAUUCUUUGCCAGAGUCUGAGGACAAGACAUUCAGCUGUUCGCAGUGCUUCAAGUCAUAUGGAAGCAAGAAAGCCCUGAACAGACACAGUAAGAUUCAUUCUGAGAACGCAUCAUUUCCUUGCGCAGUCUGCCAGAAGUGCUUCAAGACCGUCAGCUAUCUGAGGAAUCACAUGAUCAUCCAUGGCGAGAGGCGUCAUGCGUGUGAGAUUUGCGGAAAGAAGUUCAUCGACCGCUCUCACGUUAAACGCCACAUCCGGCAAAUGCACGAGAACAAAAGACGCGUCAAAAAAGACUACAUUUGCCAAGACUGCGGCAAAGUUCUUCGGGACAAGUGCCGCUACAGGCAUCACUUGAGAGUCCAUGAAGAGAAGACCAUCCAAUGUCCAGAGUGUCCGCUAAAGUUCAAGUACCAGCACAACCUGGCCAAGCAUCGAGCCGUUCACAGCUCCAGCAAACCCUUCGAGUGUCCGCACUGCCCGCGAAAGUUCAAGUCUAAGGCCGUUCUAGUCAAUCACAUGCGUAUCCACGACAAGGGAUCGGCCCUCCUUGCCUGCGAUAUCUGCAGCAUGACAUUCCAGUGGAAGAGGAACCUGCGGAAGCACAUGCAGGAGCACAGUAGCGCCAAAGAGUGCGUUCCUUGUCCGCACUGCUGCAAGAACUUGUGGCAGAAGCACCUGGAGAUGCACAUCAGGAAAAUGCACAGGGAUCUGUGCCUAGUCGACAGUGGUCCUCCUUUGGUGAUUAAAAAGGAAAAGAAGUAA